AAAUAAUAAUUGCAUCAACCUUGCAAUUCCUGCAAUUGGAAUUCCUUGAGCUGACUUGUGCGCCAUCUAUCGACGACUGUUGAAAACAAACGUACGUUAGUAACUGACUAAACAUUGCUGCUGUCUGGAUGUCGUAGUCUGGGGCUGAACUCAAUUAUGGCUACUCAAAAUCCAGGAAUGAAGAUGCCCUCUCGUCCAGCCCCUAGGGUUCCUCCAAACCAAAAACUUAGCCAAAACAUAUCACAAUCGUAUGAAAGUCCUCCAGAUCCUUUUAGUCCUCCUAAAAUGAAAUUGGAUUCAAAGAAAAGGGCUCCUCCACGUCCUCCACCACCUCGCUUAAACACGAACCAAGGUUCUAAUCACUUUAGAAGUAUAUUUGGUUCGAGCAAAAGGAAUCCGAAAAAGGGAGCUGCUACUGCGAUAGUUAAGCCACUUCCUCCUAGUACGACGGCUGUCAUCCCUACUGGCACACUUAUAGAUCUUCAAACUCCACCGAGUAGUCCGAAAUCUCAAAAAAUUUAUAGUGAAAGUAUUUGGAGUAGUGGAAACGUUAGCAAAAAUAGUUCGCCUUUUGAAAGUGGUUUCGAAGAUGAUUUUAGUUCUAUUAUAUCAUCAGCCACUACAACACCAACUACAGAUAUUUGGUCAGAUCUUUCUCCUGACAAGUCAGAAACUUUUGAAGUUCCGGUUAAAGCCAUACCUCCUCCAUCUACAUUCUCUAGUUCUAGACCCACAAUUAUUUGUUUUCCAAAGCCGAAACCGAGUAGACCUCCACCACCGCGGUUGGAUGGUUCUCCACCAAUGCCAAGUAUGCCACCGCCUCCUCCGCCUCCUAACCUCCUUGAAGUCUUGGCAAAAGGUCCUGAGAUACCUCCAAGACCACUGACACCAUAUGAGCCUAAAAGUGAUGCCGGCCUUCCUACAUGCAAAGCACAAUAUGAUUACGAUUCCAAUCAUCCAGAUGAUUUGCAAUUUAAGACCGGUGAUGUAAUAACUAUAUUAAAUAAAGAAGGUGAUGAGUGGUUCAGAGGUCGUCUUAAAGGGAAUGAGGGAAUAUUUCCUGCAAGUUACGUGACUCUUCUGCCCAACUCUGUUAAAAAACCUUUGAUGACUGUCAUAGCCUUGUUUUCAUUUACUCCUUGCAGUUGGGAUGAUUUAGAACUGCAGGAAGGAGACCAAAUACAAGUGUUGGAUCGUGUGAACGAGGAUUGGUUGUACGGAGAAUGUAUGGGUAAGAAAGGACAAUUUCCAGAAUGCUACGUCCAAGAUAUCACAGCACUCGCUGAGGAUGAUUAGGGGUACUAAUGUUGAAAGGUAAAUAAUUUAUUAUCAUUUAAUUUUAAUCUAAGGACUUUUUUUGGCUUAGAAAUAAAUAAUAAAGAGUUUUUU